AUGGAGAUAGCGGAAAGCGGCAAUGUCAUGCAUCACUGUAAUGGAGUCCUCAACAUCAGAGCGAAGCUCAGCAGCAUCGGCGCCAAGAUGGAGGACGAGGACGUAGCGAUCUUCUUGUGCAGCAGUCUCCCCAAGAGCUACGAGAACGUCGUUCUCAACUUGUAG